ACUAGAACCGGGGAGGCCACCGAGGCAACCCAAGAUCAUUCGGGAAGCGCGGAUCUUAUAUGCAGGCAGGCUGCGCCACGCGUCGGGAGAACGGACGGAGUAAGAUCUCAGCAACGAAAAGGAUGGAAGGUCUGAAGGAGACACGGGGAACUUUGGAUUGAGGAGAGGAGGGGACGAGGGACGGAAGACCGCCCGAUGAACGACAGUUUUUUUCUUGGAUAUUUUUUGUGUGCUUUUUUUAGGGGGGAUUUUGGAUAAUUUUUGCGGUUGAUCAAAAUGCCAUUUGCCAAAAGGAUUGUAGAACCCCAGUUACUGUGCAGGUUACCUAUUCCAAAUGACGAAGGCUCGCUCAACGUUGAGGAUCUGUGCUCCAUCAAUAAUGUGGUGCUCUCGCGGACCUUGCGGCAGCUCUCCGACCUGGCCAAACACGCCUGCUCCCUAUUCCAGGAGCUGGAGAACGAGAUCAUGUCCACCAACCAGAGGGUCUGGGUUCUGCAGAAUAACAUAGAGAAGAUCCAACACAACGCCAGCGGUCUCGAUCCCAAAAAGGAGCCAGUGCGUAAGUAGCCUAACCACCAUGACUAAAACGGCUCAACUGUACGCUAUGUUAUAUAGUUGCGUUUGCUUCAGCAAUGUGUGGGAUUUGUGUUUAUAUUCCAUUCAUUCCGAGGCAUCGCAGUGCGUUCAAGUCGUAAGGACACACACGCCUCGAUUUCCGCGGCGCCCGAGCCCACACUAGAAUCUCCUUCACAUUGAAAUGUGUCACACGGAUGCAUGCGCACACCUGCAUUGCACUGACCUGGCCCUGAUAUAGUGAAUUUGUUAUAACGAAUCUAAAAUAUGAAUAUACGCUCACACAAACCCAUUAUGUGCUGUUUGGAGUUUCACAUCCGUGCCUAUUUUUCUCUUGACGGUUUAAAAAAAAGUCAUUUGGUUGUAGAAUUUCUGAGCUUCGGAGAAGUCCUGCCACAGAGGGGCGUGUAGUCUGCAUUGGAAUGGGCAGUGGUACCAGUGGCAGUAUCCUUCACAUCAUCAUCAUCAUCAUCUCUUGGUAGUAUCCUAGCCUGCAUCUAAUAUAGCCGUGACUGAAUGCGUAAAACGCAACAUUCUAUAAUGGAAGUUAAGGGAUAAAUCUGUAAUGUUGAAUAUCGUUCUCAGAAUGCAGUGUGAUAUUGUAGACACUUAUCAUCCGCUGCCAGAGAAAACCCGCCCUUGACAGCCUAGCAUUAAUCGUCCUAGCAUUAAUAAUGACUUUAUAUGGAGAUGGACAUUGCAGUCCGAAUAUGAAGUCAUGGAUAGAUAGUAUAUGACUGGUAAUUAUGUCAUUAUAAGAUGAUGAUUAAACACAGACAAUUGUUCAAUGGAUGGAUGCAUUUGGGAAGAAACCCAGUGGCCUCAAUUGGAGGGACUGCAAGCCCAUAGAUAUGAAUAGGCUAGAUGUUGUUUUGGAUGUAUUGAUGUUCUAUGUGUUUGAUGUCUGUUUCACAUCAUAUGGUGCAGUAGAUAGGGAAUGGUAGGU